CAUGGCGACUCUAUGUAGGGUAUUGAGGAAAAGUUUGUUGAAAAAUUCACUUUUUCAAGCCUCUAAAUGUUUAGGAAUUCGAAGUUUUUCGGUGGAUGUAGACGAUAAUGUAUCAGGGAUCACAUCUGAGCAAAAACAGGUUCGUUUUAAGACAUUUGUUGUCAUCAAAACACCGUUCGUUGGUAACUACGUCUUUUCUUGCGUGUAAAGUCGUUCGAUCUUAUGCAAUUCCUGACACACCUCCGACACACCUCCAGUCCUCUGCUCUCAAGCCUGAUUUCCUCAAGGUUGAAAAAUCUCUUACGAUUUUAUGUUUUUCUGUUUUUCGGUGGAUAAAACAAAUUCGCCAACCUUCUCAAUUGCUCGAGAAAAAAUUUUGAGGUACAUGUGUAUGCAGAAAAUAUAUUCGUUCCCUCUAGUCGUUUUGGUCACUCACAGAGCUUCCCACCCUAAAUCGGUUAAAUUCCAGAAAAGCAAACAAUUUAAAAAUGGUAGUUAGGUGAUAUCCUCUACCAUUAAAGGGAGACAGCCGAAAAAGGACAAAAAACACAAUCUAACUUGUUGUGUUAAAUGCCAAUAUCAAAUAGCUUCAUGAUCUUUGAUCAGCGUGGGCAGAAGUUUCUCAGGACAUACACGUAGUAAAACGUUCACUGAGGCUACGAUAACAAUUCUACCACAUUGGAGUAUGAAUUUGAUAUUUUCUCGAACAAUGCUUCAUUUUGUUUUAGAAAUGAACAACGUUUUUAGACUCGUCACUUGAACACCUGUUAAUUCUGAUCAACACCUUCAUGGUGUUGUUGUAAACGAACAGUACUUUAGUGAGAAAGGUUUCUCAACUUUAUUACCUAUUUACAGUCUGUAAGUCUGAUCUUUAAAGUAUUUGUCUUUUCAGUCAACAUGACUCUUGAUUUCAGGCGACACACUUUGUGUUUACAUCAGUUAAAACAAAUAAAUUCCGUAUUGCUGCAGGUCUGUACAGUAAUAGGUCACAGAAGAUGUCAAAUUGUGGUAAGAACUUCAAUGACAUAUGUGUACUGGGCCACAUCAUGCGUGCCGCGUGCCCCUUAUUUGUUAUUACCACAUUUUAACAUCAUUUGUGAUCUACUGUGGAACAGAAAUGCAGCAACAUGGAAUCUAUUUAUUAAUUACAGAGUAGAUCAUAUUACUCAGAGAAAAGAAGUGAGAGGUUGUUCCCUCACUCAAAAAAGGAAUAGAAAUUUUAUGACAGCCAGAGUCCUUGGUUUUUUACAUGUAGCUGAAAUUCAUGCAGCCUGUAAACAAGUUCUUUAUAUAAUCAUGGAAAUGUAAGCUAUAUGAAACUGUAUAUUCUUUCCAACAGUUAAGAGAGACGGUCAGCAACUUCUGUCAGAAGGAAUUAGCCCCAUAUGCUGAUCAAAUUGAUAAAGAAAAUAACUUUUUACAGUUAAGGGUAAGUUCACCAGUGAGAAGACCAUCUACUGAUCUAUGUGAUUUCAUGAUUUGUAUUUUGUCUAUACAGUUAAUUCUUUCUAAAAGUGGCGCCCCAAGACGAGUGUUUAUAUGAAGGAUGGAACUUUUCUUUUAGUUGGUUAAUCAGCUAUAAGUUGAUGAGGCAAAUGAAUUGCUACAAUAAAUUUUGAAAAGAUAAUCAUAGCUACGGCAGAUUACCUUAAAAGGGAAACCUCCAUUCCAUCAGAAAAGUUGUACUUAAAAUAUACAAACUGUAUCUUUAAUUAUUUUUAAGUGUCAAAGGUUUUCAUACAUUAUACCUAUAACUAUGGAAAUAGAAGUUACUGUACUUAAAAUGAGUAAUGAGUACUUCAGCACUGUAAAUGUUCAAUACAAUUAUUUAUUUUUCAAUUUCCAGGAUUUCUGGAAAAAUCUUGGUCACUUAGGACUUUUAGGAAUAACAGUCCCAGGUUUGUAACUCCUAAUUUGCCUGUUAUGUAGUAGUUAUGAUAAAGAAGUUAAUCAUGCCAAGACACCUUUGCCACUUGUAAUAGCUCUCUGUUGAGUUUUAUCAACUGACCUUUAAAGCAAUAUAUAUAUUUGACCCUUUUGAAGAGCAGCAAAUUCUGUGCAAAUUACUCCAAUGUGUUGGACAAAACAACCCUCCUAAUAUUUCAAAAUUAUGAUUUACCAAGUUUACAUUCACUCUUAAUCUUUAAUCUUUAAUCACAGUUCGUAACCAUACAUCGAACAAAAGUACAAAAAUGGUUGAAUAUCAAUUUUGGGAUUAUUACCUAAUUGAUCUGAUACCAAAUUCUCCAAACUAAAAUAAUGAGAAUCAUUUGGCAGACAGUAAGGAUAAUUACUAAUGAGAUCUUGGGAGUUAAAGGGUUAAGAAAGGUCAAGUUAGUAAUCAAGCUUAACAACUCACCUGACCAGAGCCUAUUCCAGUUUUCAUGGAUUGCAGCACAGCGUUUUGUCAGGCUACCCCAAACAGUUCAGCAGUACCCAUUUAGUACUAUUGAGACAGGCACUGUGAGAGUUGAACUGUAAGUGUCUUGUCCAAGAACACAAUGAGACCCCCAGGUCUUGAAGCUAGACAUCUCAAGUGUGAAUCCAUGAGUGUGCUAGCUGUUUAUUAAGGCCGCUACAUUUGUUUCCCCCAUGGGAAUUGUCAACCUGACACUUCCUGUUAUUGCCACCAAAAUGAGUUGUUUAUUUCCUUUCAGGAAGGCAGCAAUUUUUUUUUUUGUAGUUAUUAGUAUAACAUUAUCAUACAUUUCCUCAUAAUUUUAUUGAUACUUUAUGUGUGAGCUCUUGCAUUCAGCAAAAGUUAGGGCUUCCCCUUUUUGUGUUCUAGGUUCUAUUUAUGAUAAGUCAUUUCAUUUGUGUAAUUUUAUCUCAGAACACUUUGGUGGGUCUGGCCUUGGAUAUUUGGACCACUGCAUUAUUAUGGAAGAGAUGAGCAGAUACUCUGCAGCAAUUGCUCUCAGUUAUGGAGCACACUCUAAUCUGUGUGUCAAUCAAAUUUACAGAAAUGGUAGUGAUACUCAAAAAGAAAAAUACUUGCCUAAGGUUUGUUGUGAAUGAAAGAGAUGGAUAAUUCAUGUAUUAAACAUCUUGUAAAUUGGAAGAAUGCUUAAAUAAUUAAGGGUUUAAGAUGCACUUCGUGAACUAGUUAUUACAUGUUAGAGCUAAUUUCAACAAAUCCCACUUGGUCUUUUAAGAAUAAUUUCUCGUCAUAAAAAUCAUGAAUUAGAAUAAGGUCAUGCUUUUAACAUGCAAUAAUCUCUAUUUACCUAAAAUUUACUCUUAAAUGUUCAUGGAAAACAUUUCAACCCAACAUGAAAGUAUUAAUUUUUAAUCAACAAUUGAAAAGUUUUGUCACAAAAAUUCAGGAAUCUUAUUUCAAAUCAUCAUCAUCAUCAAUUCAUUUUACUAAGUUUCUACUCAUUUUAUUUAUUUGCCUAUUUCAUUAUUAUUAUUAUAAUUUCCAAUGUCUCUCAGUUGUUGAGUGGUGAACACAUAGGUGCCUUAGCCAUGAGUGAGACAACAGCAGGAUCUGAUGUUGUGGCUAUGAAAAUUAAAGCAGACAAGAAAGGUUAUAAUUGUUUUUUGUUUGUGUGCUUUUGUUUGUGUGUGUUAUUAGCGGUACAGAUGCAUGUAGCCGUAUUUUUAUGGAAAGCCUUAAUGUCUCCUGCAAUAAGACAUCUUGAUCUAAUGUGCUCAUUCCCAUUACCUGUGAGAACUGUGUGCAAAAUAGGUGUCUCGUUGAACUGCAGGCCACAAAUCAAAUUUUUAUUGGAUCUGAAACUUUGUAACAAUUAUAUAUAUUGUGGGUUGGUGAUGCAGUCAGUUAUAGAGGAACUUGUACGCAGUUAAAAGCAUUUCUCAAAAAGAAAUAAAUAUAAAACUUACAUGUAAUUUAAACUUUAAUAACCCCCCAUUGUAGUUGGAGCUAAUCAGACUAGGAAAUAAUGUUUUGAUUAAAAAACAAAAGAUUUAAAUGAAAAUUUUUUGUAUCCUUUUAAGUAGAUAGUAUGCUAUAUAUACUCGUAAUAGAAGGAGUGUGACCCUUACUGUUUCCUUCAAGUUGAGUUGGUCUGAAGAAUAUUUUCAAGUAUGCUGCAUAUUUUGUGGUUACAAAUGAAUUCAUUGCAUUUCAUCAGAGUUCUAUGUUAUUGGAACACAGGAAAGCUCAACUCACAUCAAUGUUUGCUGUAUAUGUAAUAUUGUUAAGUGAAAAAUGAAACACUAUAAGAAAACAAUUUACUAAUAGAUCUUUAAUUUUAGGGGAUUAUUAUGUUCUAAAUGGAACUAAGAUGUGGAUUACAAAUGGACCUGAUGCUGAAGUCCUGGUAGUUUAUGCCAAAACUGAUCCCAGUAAUCCUAAGCCACAACAUGGAAUAACUUGCUUUUUAAUUGAAAAGGUACGCUUGAAAAUUUUUAAUUGAUCAAUUGCUGAACCAAUUGAGAAUUGACUGUUAUUGAGCUUCCUUCAAUGACAUUGAAAUUGCAUGACGAUAUUUUUCAUGGAAAAGUUUAAUGACAUUCAUUUGCUAAAGCAAAAAAAACCUUUUUCUUCAUGGAGAAAACAUGAUCCAGCUGACUACUCUGACUCUCUCUCUCCAUGUUUACACACUUCUAGGGUAUGGAAGGUUUUACCACAAGUCCUAAGCUGGACAAACUCGGAAUGCGAGGAUCCAACACCUGUGAAUUGGUAUUCGAGGAUUGUAAAGUUCCAGGUAGCAUAUUAUAAUUUGUGAAAAUUUUCUCCCAUGGUGCAAAUUGUCAUAAGUUGAAUAUAAUUUUAUUAACAUUAUGUGCCUUUAUGUUAAUUUUAAGCUGCAAAUGUAAUGGGAGGUGAAGGAAAAGGUGUUUAUGUUCUAAUGAGUGGUUUGGAUUUGGAGAGACUUGUGCUGGCAGCUGGACCUGUAGGGUAGGUUUUUAAAACUACAGUUCUGUAUAAACUGGUGUUAUUCUUCAAAUGGCAAGUUUCCACCAUGUUUGAAAACAGGGUAGCUGGUGAAAACUAUUUUAACAUGAAGAAAGAAAAUAUCACCAGAAACAGGCUUUCAUGGUAACCAUGUAUCAACCUCUAUUAGUUGGCAACUAUUUUCAGCAUUUGGAACAUUGUCUUCUCAAACUGAGCAUGAUUUUUACAUAGGUCAGUGGAAGCCAUUGUUAUGUGUGUAUGAUAUAGGGAAAGAAUAAUGAAUGAUUUCUGCAAAAAAUAGAGUAUUACAGUUAUUAUAACAUUUUGACUUGUGUUCAAAAUAUUUUCCAUCAGCUGAGAGGUAAACGAAAGAAUUAUAAGUGAAAACCUUAAUUUGAGUGUCAGUGUGACACUAAACAGCCCUGACCAGAACCAAAAAAAACAUUGACAUUUAGCAUCUGAAAAGUUAAAGGGUAAUUCUUAAAUUUUGAAUAAAAAAUGAUAAGCAUAUAUUGCAAUAGACACCAGUGCCACUGUUGUCACCUGACAUGAAUGAAGCGAGACCCUGUGUGUCGGUCUGCAGUCACCCUCUGUAUCAACUGUUGUACUGCUAAGGUGUAUCAAGUUUAAGCCAUAUAUUUUCGGACCCCUAGGGUGAUGCAGGCAUGUCUGGACGUUGCAUUCCCUUAUGCUCAUCUACGAGAGAGUUUUGGAAAGAAAAUAGGUGAACAUCAGGUAAGGCUGAAUGUCAAGAAUAUGGUCUUAUAAUGCACAGAUAUUAAUCUCUCCAACUGCAUGCUUUUAAUCGACGACACCACUGCCUGCUUGUGCUUCAGCAGAGCGUGAGUGCCAUAGGCGACUAUCUUUUAUCUUAAUGGACUUGCAUAACUUUACUAUUAUGAAAGGUUUUGUGGCACGCACGAUAUCUGUGACAAAAGCCUUCAGGAAACCCAGUGUUUCUUCUACGAGUACAGCUUUGAAACGGUGGCAGAGUGGUUUACAGAUUCAUCCAUGUUGUCCUUUCAUUUUUUUUCUUUUCAGUUAAUUCAAGCCAAGAUGGCAGACAUGUACACGCGCCUGAGCGCAUGUCGCACCUAUGUUUAUUCAGUAGCUCGUGCGUGCGAUACUGGGCAUGUUAACUCCAAGGUACAUGUACAACUAUAUUCAAGAUGGAGAUCUCGUGUUUCAUAAGUGUUCGGUAGCGUUUUUAUGCAAACACAACAUACGUACAAGUACAGAAUGAGAACUCAAGGUUUUCAGAUGUACGGUACAAAUUAGUUAUUGCCUUGUUUUGACACCUUGCAAAACAACCCAUAUGAAGUUGGUGGAGGCCUCCAAAUAUUACAUGUAGUUCAGAAAGAUAGAAAAACACACCACAUAAUCCUUGUAUCUAAACUAUGUACGUUGCUUGUUUCCAGGACUGUGCCGGUGUGAUUCUUUAUGCUGCUGAAAAUGCAACUCAAGUUGCAUUGGACGCCAUUCAAAUUCUGGGUAAGUCUCUUUCUCUCUAUCUCUCUCUCGCCUCUCCGAUUAAAUUAAAUAAUUAGUUUGCUACCUUUCCUUUUUUUUUUUCUUUCGUCAAGCGGGUAACCUGUGGCGGAAGUCUCUAUUUAAACGCAAGUACACAUAGCACAGAUCUAGCAUUUAAAAAUUAUGCAACACACUACGCUGGCUAGCAGCUUCAUGACAAGAGCUACCGAUGCAAUGAGUUCUUGAGGACCAGAAGUUGCCUUCGUCUUAACUGAACAGAGAACGUGUCUUGUUUCUUUGACAAUUUUCGGUUUAUUAUUCUAUGUUGUUACGCUUUUCCCAUGCAGGUGGAAAUGGCUACAUAAACGACUACCCAACGGGACGAUUUCUACGAGACGCGAAGUUAUACGAGAUUGGCGCCGGCACAAGUGAGAUUAGAAGAUGGCUAAUUGGAGAGAAAAUCAACUCACAGUUCCUUUAGUUACCCUCAACUAUAAUAUAUUACAGAUCUGCUCUCAAAAAUCCUGCGCCGGGAUUAUCUCUAAUUUAUGAAAGAACAACGCGUAGAAGAAGGAGUGAUGAGCACAUAACCUUCGAGAAAACGUGAAUAGCGUAGUCGUAUUUAAAAUUAUAUAUAUUUUUGUUAUUUGGUGGAAUUGAACUGAGUCCUUUUAAAAGUAUUUAAGUAUUUUUUUCAAGAUUAAUUCUUAGUCUUUGGCAUGUAGAGUACUAGUGUCAUAGGCCUGGUCGUGGAUUUUUAACAGAGGAUUCAACACCAGUGUUCUAUUACAAAU